AGCACUAUAGGCUCUGUGCUUUGGGGACAGGGACGCAGCUUGCAAACCUGGGCACGCUUUCCUUUGGCUAAACGUUUGUUGUUAAUCUUUUAGGCUUUGUGUGAAACAAGACAAGACUCAAACAGAUCUGUUGCCAUGGAGGAUGUUUCUAUCCUCUUUUUUCAGGUGAAGGUAACUUGAUUUUUUUGUCAUUGGUGCCACAAGAGGACAUGCAAGGAUUUAUUCUUUCCAGAAAACUCCAGUCUAAGUUGAAGUUGUAGUCCUUCUGUGAGAACUGUGGCAACAAGCAACCAAGAUUCCCCAAUCACACUGAGAGAAGAGCAGGAGGGGGCAUGGGAGACAAUAUACCUGGAGGAAUUGUAGCUGCUGCAAAGAACCGUCUGCAGGUGGUGAAAGGCUUGGAAGAUGUGGAGGUGUCUGAGUGUGAGAGCUGCUCCUUUGAAGUGAAACUCAACCUGGCCUAUAUCGAGGGUGUGUGGACCAGAGAUGGGAUGCAGCUUAAGUCAAAGCCCAACUGGCGUAUCAGCAGACAUGGGAAGAAACACUCCCUCGUACUGAACAAGGUGGCUUUGGGAGAUGCAGGCCUCUUCUCUUUUCAAGCCAACGGCAUUCAGACCUCAUGCAGACUCAGCGUCACAGCUAGGGACAUCCACAUAGUGAAGGAGCUUGAAAAUGUUGACACGAUGGAGCGUCAACCUGUGAAUUUCCUGUGUGAGGUCAACCAGGUGGACUUGGAUGGUCGGUGGUACAGAGAUGACUGCCGAAUUCGACCUGGGGACAACAUCAAGAUCAGAUACCAGGGUAAAACUCACACCCUGUUCUUCAAGUCAGUCAGGCCAGAGCAUGCAGGAGAGAUCAGAUUCACUGCAGAGCGUGUCUCGUCUUAUGCAACCCUCACAGUCAAAGAGCUCCCAGUCCAAAUAGUGCGUCCUCUGAGGGUCAAGAUAGCCAUGUAUCGCCACCGGGGUCUGCUGGAGUGCCAGGUGUCACGGCCUAAUGCUCAGGUCCGGUGGUACAAGAACAGGAAGGAGCUCCUGCCCAGUAAAAAAUACCAACUGAUCAGCCAAGAUGUCUACAGGCAGCUGACCAUCGACAACGUCUGCUCUUCAGAUGAGGACACCUACACCUGUGAUGCAGGAGAUGACAACACCUCUUGUCAGCUUCUCGUGGAGGAGCAGGCUAUCAAAAUAGUGAGGGGGAUGAGCUCAGUGGAGGUGAUGGAGCCAGAGCCAGCGCUGUUCCAAGUGGAGACCAGCCUGAAAUCAGGAAGGCCUCCCCGGUGGACCCUGAACGAUGAGGUGCUGGAGCCUAGUGCAGCAGUGAACAUUGACAGGAAAGGCACCCUCCACAGCCUCUGUCUCACCUCCACAGAAAGCUCCAUGUCGGGCCCCAUGCUCUUUGUAGCUGGCAAGAGUCGUUCCACUGCUCAGCUUACUGUCAAAGAGCGACCUCUCCAGGUUGCCCGCCACUUGGACGAUGUAGAGGCGAAAGAGAGCAGCUCUGUGACUCUGAGCUGUGCAUUUUCCCCGUCUCCCAGGGUGGUGCGGUGGUUUAAAGGGCGUACGGCUCUGAAGACCUCGAACAAGUACAGCAUGAAAAGGGAAGGGAAGCGAGCACAGCUGACCAUUCAUGGCUUGACAGGAAUGGAUGCAGGACAGUACCGCUGCAUGGCUGGGGGCUCCCAGAGCACAGCUCAUGUUAAGGUUGAGGUGCGAACACUGAAGUUAGUCAAACACUUUGAGCCAGUGGAAAUAGAGGAGGAUGGCAUGGCAACAUUCUCCUGUGAGCUCAACUAUGUGGUCGCCAACGUGGAGUGGCUCCUGAACAACGUUCGCCUCUAUUGCAACGCCAUCAACAGGAUCCAGCACAUGGGCACUAUGCACAGCCUCACAAUAAAGGCGCUGCGACCACAAGAGAGCAGGGUCACAUUCAAAGCAGGCCUUCUCUCUGAGACAACCACCUUAAAGGUCAAAGAGCGCCCAGCAGUGUUCCUGAGGUCUCUGGAGGAUGCAGUAGGAGAAGAGCAAGGGGAAGUCUGCCUGCAGUGUGACAUUUCUAAAGAGACAGUGACCCCUGUUUGGAGGAAGGAUGGUAUGGUCCUUACCGCUGAUGAUAAACAUGAGUUACUCCAGUUUGGGAAGUCCAUGGCAUUGAUCAUCCAUUCCCUCAGCAAGGAUGAUGCUGGAUUGUACACCUGUGACCUGGGCACCAGCCAGACCAAAGCCAAAGUUACUGUACAUGACUUACAUAUCACUAUUGUUCAACGUAUGAAGACAACAACUGUCUUUGAAGGCGAAAGCUGCACUUUUGAUUGUCAACUCUCUCAUGAUCUCAAUGAUGAGCCUUCCUGGACCAUCAAUGGCCAGGUGUUGGUCACCAAUAGCCGUAUUCAGAUUAUCAACAAUGGCCGCAACUACAGAAUGACCAUUAAAGAUGCUAUACCGACUGACGCUGGAGACGUGGUCUUUACAAUUAAAGACUUGAGCUGUAGGACGAUGCUAUUUGUUAAAGAGAAGCCAGUGCACAUCUUUAGGGAGCUGUUGAAUGUCAAGGCGGUACCUGGCGAGGAUGCAGAGCUGAGCUGUGAGAUCACCAAACCAGAAGUCACAAUCCGUUGGCUGAAAAAUGGCCAUUUGAUCAGACAGAGCCCAAAGUUUGAAAUGAGUGUGGAGAAGAACUUGGCGCGAUUGGUGAUCAAGAAUACCACCAUCAGAGACUCUGGAGAGUACUGCUGUGAGGCCGAUGGCAUUGCCUCGCGUGCCAAGCUAGAGAUCAGAGAACUUCAGCACACAUUUGCAAGGGAGGUAAGGGACACACGAGCAGAGGAAAAGGGUAAAGUGACCCUGGAGUGUGAGACCAGGCGGCCUGCCAAGCAGGUGACCUGGCUGAAGGGCAUGGUGGAGCUGAGAUCUGGUAGGAAGUAUGUCAUCAGGCAGAAGGGAGUGGUGCUGUCCCUAACCAUCACUUCACUGGACAAAUCGGACACAGAUGUAUACACGUGUGAUGUCGGUACCAUGCAAAGCCGGGCGCAGCUGACUGUGCAAGGUCAGAAGGUGUUGAUCCUGGAUGAAUUAGAGGAUGUUGAGUGUCUAGAAGGCGACACAGUCACAUUCAGGUGUCGAAUUUGUCCCAGUGAUUACAUCGGGGUCAAGUGGUAUCUGGACGAGACUUUGCUGUACACCAAUGAGCUCAAUGAGAUCCAGAUGUUGCCAGGAGGCUUCCACACCCUCACAUUUAGACAACUUGCCCGCAAAGACACUGGCACUGUCUCCUUUGCAGCAGGGGACAAAAGAUCGUACGCCUCAAUGUUGGUUAGAGAGAGACGUCCCACCAUCAUUAAAGCGCUUGAAGACUGUGAGGCUAUUGAAGGAGGUGGUUUGGUUUUGUCUUGUGUGGCCUCCAAGCCAUGUCACAUCUUGUGGUACAAAGAUGGCUGCCUCAUGUGGAACUCUUCAAGGUAUUUUGCCAGUCGUUCUGGCUGUGAGGCCCGGCUGACGAUUCGGGAGGUCUGCAACAACGAUGCCGGAGUGUAUGAGUGCAGUGCCGGAUCUGUUACAACUAGGGCCGUUGUAACUGUCAAAGCCAUCCCAGCAGAGUUCACCCAGUCUCUAAAUACUGUGGAGGCCAAAGAGGGUGAGACCGUAACCCUGACCUGUGAAUACUCUCUGCCUGGGGUCCAGUUCCACUGGAGGAGAGGUUUUGAGAGUAUCAGGCCUGGAGAUAAGUACCUGAUGAAACAGAGGAAGACCAUUAAUUCCCUGACAAUCAAAGCCCUGAAGCCUGAAGACUCAGGAGAAUAUACCUGUCAGUGCAGAGAUCACCAUACUACAGCAAGCCUCAAAGUACAUGCUGUUCCCAUUACAUUUAUACAACAGUUAAAGGACAUGCAAGCAGAGGAGGGAAGCAAUGUCCUAUUGCGCUGUGAGGUGUCUAAACCUGGAAUUCCAGUAGAAUGGAGGAAAGGAUAUGAUCUGUUGAAGAAUGGCGUUAAGUACCAGAUAAGGAAAAGGGAGACCAGCCUGGAGCUUCUGAUUUGGAAGCCUGUUCCUGACGACAGUGGGGUCUACAGCUGUGUGUGUGCUGAUCAAAUGACAUCUGCCACUGUCAAAAUCACUGCUCUCCCAGUUACCUUCAAGCAGAAGCUGAGGAAUGUCCUGGUUGAGGAGGGCAGCACUGCCGCUUUACGCUGUGGGCUGUCAAAAUCUGGUCACGCUGUGGAGUGGAGGAAGAGGGGGAAUGACCUCAUCCGGAGUGGGGAGAAAUAUCAAAUGCGGCAGAGAGACAUGCUGAUUGAACUGAGGAUCUUUGAUGUUACACCUGAGGACAGCGACAUCUACACAUGCAUCUGUGGGAACAUAGAGACCACUGCAACACUGACUGUUAAUGCUCUUCCCAUCAACUUUAAGCAAAAACUGAAGAACAUCCAAGUAGAGGAAGGACAUAACAUCACACUAUAUUGUGAGAUCUCUAAAGCGGGUGUCCCAGUGGAGUGGAGGCUUGGAGGAGAUCUGUUGGAGAACGGAGAGAAGUACCAGAUUAAGCAGAGGGACUCAGCCCUGGAGUUGAUCAUCAGAGAUGCUGAACCAGAGGACAGCGGGAUCUACACCUGUGUUUGUAGAGAGCAGAGAACAAAGGCCACUGUUAAAGUUAUCGCUGUUCCCGCCACAUUUAAAGUAAGUCUGAAGACCCAGGAGGCCGAAGAAUGUAGCAGUGUGACAUUACGCUGUGAGCUUUCAAAGAAGGGAGUUGCGGUACAGUGGCAGAGAGGGACUCAAGUGCUGUCUGAAGAGAUGUAUCGCGGAAAGUAUCAGAUGAAGCUGGAAGGAAAGAUAGCUCAGAUGAUUAUUCUCAACAUCCAACCAGAAGAUGCAGGGAAAUACAGCUGCCUCACAGGAGAUGAGAAAACCACAGCUGAAGUCAAAGUGAAAUCACUUCCUGUGACAUUUAAACGAGAGGUCCAGCACCUGGUGGUGAAGGAAGGGGACAGUGCAGUGUUCUGCUGUGAGCUCUCCAAACCUGGAGCUCCAGUGGAGUGGAGGAAAGGCAGAGUGAUCCUGAAGCCUGGAGAAAAAUAUGAGAUGAAGCAGGAGGGACCUUUUACUAAACUGGUUGUCAACAACGUAGAGGAGAACGAUGCUGGCAAAUACAUCUGCAAGACUAAAGACAGUCAAUCGACUGCUGAGCUCACCGUCCAAGAAUCACCUGAGCGCAGACGCCAAAGAGGGUUACCACCAAGUUUUAAGAUGCCCCUAGUUAACCAGGAAGUGACAGAGGGCAACAGUGUGGUGCUGCGCUGUGAGCUCAACAAACCUGCCCCUUCAGUGGAGUGGAGGAAAGGAGGAGAACUGCUGAAGAACGGAGACAAGUACCAGAUGAGGAAGAAGGACCUGCAGGUGGAGAUGAAGAUUGCGGACCUCAGUCUGGACGACACUGGAGAUUAUACCUGUGUAUGUGGAGAACAGAGUACCAAAGCUACGAUCAUUGUGAACGAGCGGCCCAUCAAAUUCCUUCAAGAACUGAAGAAUAUUCAGGUGCAGGAGGGCAAUGGAGUGACGCUCUGCUGCGAGCUCUCCAAACCAGGCACUCCAGUGCAGUGGAAAAAGGGAGACAAUGUGUUGACCAAUGGAGAGAAAUACCAGAUAAAGCAGAGCGGCACCACCCUGGAACUCCUCAUCAGGAAAAGCCAGCCUGAGGACAGUGGCACAUACAGAUGUGUUUGUGAAGACCUAACAACGACUUGCACUGUCAUCAUCACUGCAAUCCCGGUGACUUUCAAGCAAAAGUUGAAGAACCAGGAAGCUGUGGAGGAGGGCAGUGUGAUACUGCGCUGUGAGCUUUCUAAACCAGGAGUUCCAGUUGAGUGGAGGAAAAAUGCUCAACUUCUGAAGGAGGGAGAAAAAUACCAGAUGAAGCAAGAAGGCAGGAUGGCUGAGAUGCUGAUCAGAAAUUUAACUCUCUCAGAUUUGGGGGAGUACAGCUGUUUUGUUGGCACUGCUGUGACUUCAGCUGACAUCAAAGUAAGAGCGGUUCCUGUAACAUUUAAACAAGCUCUGGAGAAUUUGGAGGUGAAAGAAGGAGACAGUGGAGCUUUCUGCUGUGAGCUCUCCAGACCUGGAGCUCCAGUGGAAUGGAGGAAAGGCAGAGUCAUCCUCAAACCUGGAUACAAAUACGAGAUGAAACAGGAGGGACGUCUCACUAAACUGAUCAUCAACAACAUGGAAGAAAGUGAUGCCGGGAAAUAUACCUGCAAGACUAAAGACACCCAAUCAACUGCUGAGCUCACCGUCAAAGCUCCUCCCAUCCAAUUCAAGACAAAGUUAAGGAACCAGCAAGUGGAGGAGGAGAAUAGUGUGACGUUGAACUGCGAGCUGUCGAAGCCUGGCCUUGCUGUGGAGUGGAGGAAAGGACAAGAGCUGCUGAAGAAUGAUUUCAAGUACCAGAUUAAAAAUCGAAACAGCAGUAUGGAACUGACCAUCAAAAACACACAGCUAGAAGACAGCGGACUUUACAGCUGUAACUACGGCGACAUCAAGACCACAGCCAAAAUCACCAUUACACCUAUCCCCCUCACCUUUAAAAUGGGUCUGAAGAACCAGGAGGCCCCUGAAGGAGGCAAUGUGACCCUUCGCUGUGAGCUGUCCAGGGCUGGGGUGCCUGUGCAGUGGUGGAAGGCGGAGGACCAGCUCUAUCACGGGGGAAGAUAUCAGAUGACAUUGAAGGGGAGGACAGCCGAAAUGCACAUCAAAAACAUCCAGCCCGAGGAUGUUGGGGAGUACAGCUGCAUCUUGGGGGAGCAGAAGACAACGGCUGAAGUCAAUGUGAGAGCGGCAGCAUCAGUGUUCUUUGAGAAGGAACUGGAGAGCCAAGCGGUGAUGGAGGGGAAAUCUGUGCUGAUGUCUUGUGAAGUUUCCAGUGCUAAUGUUCCGGUCACUUGGAGGAAGGACAACAAUGUGGUAGAAGGAGAGCGAUACAUUUUAAAGAAGAAAGGCCCCACACACACCCUGGAGAUCAAGAAACUGCAUAUGGAGGAUGCUGGAGAGUACUGCUGCAUCUCCAGAGGCAAGAAGACCACUGCCAAGCUGAUUGUGAGGGAGCGCGUGCGGAUUGUUACAGAGCUGCAAGGUAUAACGGUGACAGCGGGUGAGGACGCAGUGUUUGUGUGUGAGCUGAGCCAUGCAGACGUGAGUGAGGGUGUCUGGUGGCUUGGCUCCAGCCCUCUACAGAAGAACGAGAUGAACCAGAUGACGUGCCAGGGUCGCCAGCACCGACUCGUCCUCACUAUGACAACACCUGAAGAGACGGGCAUUGUGGCAUUUGUGGUUGGGGAGGAGAGAACCUCUGCACGUCUGCUAGUUGUUCCUAAGGUCCAAGUUUUAUUUGAGGAAAAGCCUAAAGACGUUGUCAUCAUGGAAGGAGAAACGGCUACUUUGUCCUGCACAACCUCGGAUUUCACGUCCCCUGUUACUUGGAGCCGCAACCACAUCCCUCUCCGAAAUGGUGAUAAAUAUGAGAUACUUAAGGAGGGAAAAGUCAACCUAUUGCUUAUCCGUGAUGUGGAUCCCCUGGAUACUGGCACAUACUGCUGUGAUACAGGAGAUGUGCAGACCAGUGCUAUACUUACUGUAACAGAGCUACCACCAUUCUUCCAAGAAGAAUUGCAGAGUGUGGAAGUUGAGGAGGGAGGUACAGCCUCUCUGUACUGUGAGCUUUCUAAACUUGGAGUGCCGAUUCAAUGGAAGAAGAACAGGCUCCCACUAAGAGCCAGCAGAAAGUACGAGAUCAGGCAGGAUGGCUGCCUCCUCCAGCUACACAUCAAGGAUCUCAAACUUGAGGACAGUGGAAGCUACGCAUGUCAAGCAGGAAGUGCAGAGACCACUGCUACUGUAUCAGUGAAAGAGCUCCCGUCAUUUUUCAAAGAAGAAUUACAGAACGUGGAGGCUGAGGAGGGAGGUGCAGCCUUUCUGUCCUGUGAGCUGUCCAAAGCUGGAGUGCCAGUGCAGUGGAAGAAGAACAGGUUGCCACUGGCAGCGAACAGAAAGAAUGAGAUGAAGCAAGAUGGCUGCCUUCUCCAGCUCCACAUCAAGGAUCUCAAACCUGAGGACAGCGGCAACUACACAUGUCAAGCAGGAAGUGCAGAGACCACUGCUACUGUGACAGUGAAAGAGCUUCCUCCAUUCUUUAAGAAAGACAUAGCUAGUGUGGAGACUGAGGAGGGAGGUACAGCCUCUCUGUACUGUGAGUUGUCUACGGCUGGAGUGUCAGUACAAUGGAAGAAGAACAGGCUGCCUCUGAGAGCGAACAGGAAGUACGAGAUGAAACAAGAUGGCUGCCUCCUCCAACUCCACAUCAAGGAUCUCAAACCUGAGGACAGCGGCAGCUACACAUGUCAAGCAGGAAGUGCAGACGCUCCCUCCAUUCUUUAAGAAAGACAUAGAUAGUGUGGAGGCUGAGGAGGGAGGUACAGCCUCUCUGUACUGUGAGUUGUCUAAACCUGAUGCAUCAGUACAAUGGAAGAAGAAUAGACUUCCACUCAGAGCCAGCAGGAAGUAUGAGAUAAAGCAAGAUGGCUGCCUUCUCCAGCUGCACAUCAACAAUCUCAAACCUGAGGACAGCGGCAGCUACACAUGUCAAGCAGGAAGUGCAGAAACCACUGCUACUCUAUUAGUGAAAAAGCUCGUACCAUUCUUCAACAAAGAAUUACAAAGCAUGGAGGCUGAGGAGGGAGGUUUAGUCUCCCUGUACUGUGAGCUGUCUAAACCUGACAUAUCGGUACAAUGGAAGAAGAACAGGCAGCCAUUGAGAGCAAACAGGAAGAAUGAGAUGAAGCAGGAUGGCUGCCUCCUCCAACUCCACAUCAAGGAUCUCAAACCUGAGGACAGCGGCAGCUACACAUGUCAAGCAGGAAGUGCAGAGACCACUGCUACUGUAUCAGUGAAAGAGCUCCCUCCAUUCUUUAAGGAAGACUUACAAAGUGUGGAGGCUGAGGAGGGAAGUGUAGUCUCUCUGUGCUGUGAGCUGUCUAAACCUGGAGUGUCAGUACAGUGGAAGAUGAACAGGCUGCCUCUGACAGCGAACAGGAAGUAUGAGAUAAAGCAAGAUGGCUGCCUCCUCCAGCUCCUCAUCAAAAAUCUCAAACCUGAGGACAGCGGCAGCUAUACAUGUCAAGCAGGAAGUGCAGAGACCACUGCUACUGUGACAGUGAAAGAGCUCCCACCAUUCUUCAAGGAAGACUUAGAAAGUGUGGAGGCUGAGGAGGGAGGUACAGCCUCUCUGUGCUGUGAGCUGUCUAAACCUGGAGUGUCACUACAGUGGAAGAAGAACAGGCUGCCACUGAGAGCCAACAGGAAGUAUGAGAUGAAGCAGGAUGGUUGCCUCUCUCAGCUGCACAUCAGAGAUCUCAAACCUGAGGACGGCGGCAGCUACACAUGUCAAGCAGGAAGUGCAGAGACCACUGCUACAGUAUCAGUGAAAGCACUAGAGCUGACUCCACCAAAGGCAGAGCCUUCCAUGAUACUGCCCCGGGAAAAGGGCACUGUUUCCAAACCAACUCCUACUCUAGAGAACCAAACGCCUGGACUCCAAGAGGCUAAGCCUGUUCCUCCAGAGCCCAAAAAGAGAACUAAUAGGAAAGCAUCUAUUACAAGUUUAGAAAAACAUGUGGAGACAAUAUUUGACCUAAAACAGGGCAUCCAACCUGCAAGAUCUAUGGAGACAGACUUUGAUGUUGCACAGAACGUAACACAACUGGAGAAGCAUGGGAAGAAAGACAAUGAGGUGUACAAGGAAAUUGACAAGACAAUGAGACUACUGGAGAAGGAUGAUGGGGUUGACAAGAAGGCAGAAGAGCCAGCAAGGCCUUUGGAAAGGGAGAAAGACGUUUUCAUGGAGAAGAGACAACCAGGAACAAAUUCUGAGAAAUUACUCAAAGUUGACCGUAACGCAAGUCAGUUAGACAGGUUUCAGGGAGACACUUUGUUUGAACAAAAGAAAAGGGAAAAUGAAGUUGAACAGAGCUCAAAACAAGCAGAAAAGCCUUCAGAGAAAACAAGUGAAGUUGAGAAGAAGGAAAGCCAUCCAGGAAAAGUCCUGUGGCAGAACAGGCAAGAUGAAAAACAGCCUGUGAAACUAUUAGAUACGUUUACUGGUACUAAAACAAUAAAGGAACAAGAAGAGAAGUCCACAGAAAAGGAGGGCAAAGUAGAGGAAGAAGAACCUUUUAAAUCACCAGUAAGAUCUAAGGGAAAGGUAACAGGGGUGAAGGAGCUGCUUAAAUAUGUUCCAAAGGAAACUGAGGAGAUCAUUAUCCAAUCAGUAAAGCCUACUGUAAAUGAUUCUGAAGAAGACCAUAAACAGAGAGACCAUGUGAAACAAGUGUCCAUAGAGGCAGAGAGAGAGGAAAAGCCACUUAAACUAGUGCCGUCUGUAAAUCAGCUGGACAAACAGUCAGUAGAACAACCAGUAAAGACUUUAGAAAAAGAGGCUGCAUUUGUUCCUCCAAAACCACCCGUGAGGAUUAAAAGCAAAGCAAAGGGGGGAAUGAAAAAAGAAUCAUCAAGGGACACAGAGACAGAUCAAGAUGAUGGGCAGAUGACAAGAGUUGUGGUGAAAACAACAGAUGAUAAGCCCAAUAAAAUUGCAAUAGGGUCUUUAAAAAAAGAGGUUGAAGACAAACCAAUAAUCAAGAAGAAACAAUCAGUAACAACAGAAAUUGAGAUGGUUGAGAAAAUUAAGCAACCUGUGAAAGCUGAGGAGAAAGAUGGAAACACUAAACAGCCGAUUAAACAACCAGUUAAACCCAUGAGAAAAGAACCGGAACUGGUGCAGGAAAUUAAACUUGUAGUGGAGCCAAUGAAAAGGGAGGAGGAACAACAAAGAACAAAGACGACAGAAGACAUUCCUCUCCUCUACAUUUCUGAAGAUGAAACUUUCUUAGAGGCUUUGACUGACAUACCGGCCAACCACAGCAAUGUCCAGCCCCCUGGCAGUUUUGUUGAGGGGUCCACCCAACCCGCCACUCUUCCUCCAAUUAAUGUACCGCAAAAAUCACAAGCACCAAAUGACGGUACACCGGAGAUUGACACCAGGGUUGAAGACGAACCACAGAUGAAAGAGGCUGCAGUCAAGAUCCAGGCAGCCUUCAAAGGCUACAAAACCCGCAAAGACAUGCGACCUGUCUUUAAAGAGGUUUUUAAGAACCAGAGUGCAAAUCUUCAUGGUACAGUCACUCUAGUGUGUAUUGUACAAGGAAAAGUCAGCACAGCACGCUGGCUAAAACAAGGCCAACAAAUCCUUAAUGACCAGCGACGUCAUGUUGAGAUUACAGAGAAUGGUGUAUGCACACUGGUGAUCAAAAACCUGACUACCUUUGACAGUGGAAUCUAUACAUGUGAGGUGGUGAAUAUGUUUGGUAUGACCUCCUACAAUGGAAAUUUAACAGUAGUACAGCCACAGAAGCCUGUUCUGGCAGUCCAAAAGCCUGUACACCCUCCACUUGCAGCCAUAACACCUCUGCAACUCGCCUCGCCAAAGCUUGAGGCCCAAGCCAAAGCACAGACUCAGGAUCUGCCUGAGACUCAAACCCAGAUACCCACUUCAGCUACAGAUGCGAACUACGUAGAAAAUGUGAGCGUCUCUCUGUGGGAGGCCUACAACCUGACGGAGAAGAACACUCAGAUGAGCCUACAAGAGAGGAGAGGAUCCUCACUCAUUGCUGCCAGCUCCGUGUCGAGUCCCUCGGAUUAUGACACAGCUCCAGAUGUGAUGGAACCUGUUGAGACUGGCUCAGCUGUACCAAGGGAAGUGACAAAAGCCGUGGACAAAGUGCCUCCAAAAGAUGAUAAAAAACAGAUGGCUCCUCCACCGUCUCCAAAGAAACUACUGAAGAUCAAAGGGGCUCACGAAAGUAGAAUGAGGACACCCUCUCCUAAGCACCACUGCGCUCAGACACCCUUAACUAGUGCCGUCUCUGGAUCAGAGUCAGAAGGGGAAGAGGAUAGGCGAGAGACAUUUGAAAUGUAUGUGGCCCGAGCUGAUUGCAGUCCAAAAAGCGGAAAAAAGGACAGUUUUGUUCUGAAGGAGGGCCAGUUUGUAGAGGUCCUGGACUCUGUUCAUCCGGACAGGUGGUUGGUGAGGACCAAACCCACCAAAACCAACCCUGCUCGACAGGGAUGGGUGUGUCCAGCCUACCUGGAGAAGAAAAGGAAGGAGACCUUCCCGCAACUGAGAGCACCUCAAGAGGAUCUUGAUGGAAUUGGGUCUACAGGAGAAGAGUACAGGAGAGCUCUGAGCCAGCUCAUCCGAGGCCUGAUUGAUGGAGAAGAGGAGUUUGUAAAAGAGAUGAAGAUGUUUACCUCUCACCAGCUGAAUUAUUUGGAUUCUAGCCGCCACGUCCCCAUUCACAUCCUUAACCAGAAGGAGAUCAUUUUCAGGAAUAUCAAGGACAUUGUGCUUCUGCAUGAGAGGUCCAUCCUUCCCGGACUGAGAGAGUGUGCCACAGACGACGAUGUGGCUAUGCAUCUGAUCAAACACACAGAGGACUUUGAGAAGUAUCUUCACUACAUGGUGGGACAAGCACAAGCAGAGGCCUGCAUUACUGACAAGGCUGUCCAACAGUAUUUCAAAGAGUUACCAGAAUCUGGUAAGCCUGAAGACCCUGUCAUGGAUGUCCUUACCUUCCUCCAGCGACCAGUGGAGAGGAUUCAAACUUACCAGGCUUUACUGAAGGAGCUGAUCAAGAACAAAGCCAAAAGUGGACAGAGCUGCUGUCUUUUGGAGGAUACCUUCUCCAUGGUGUCCUGUCUACCCUGGAGGUCUGACAACCUGCACCAGGUGUCCCUCAUCGAGAAUUACCCAGCUCCUCUAAUGGCCCUGGGCGAGCCCAUGCGACAGGGAGUCUUCACAGUGUGGGAGGAAUCUCCAGACAUCAAGACGGGCUCUAGAGGGCAUCAAAGACAAGUCUUUCUCUUCAAGGAAUGUAUUGUACUGUGUAAACUUAAAAGAGACAUCAGGAUGAACAGUGACACCUUUAUCUUCAAGAACAAAAUGAAGCUGAAUGAUGUGGACAUAAAGGAGACUUUGGGCGGAGAUGAAAAGUCUUGGGGGUUGUGGCAUGAGCACAGGGGCUCAGUGCGGAAGUACACACUGCAGGGACGCUCCACCCUGGUCAAACUCUCCUGGCUGAAGGACCUGAAGGAGCUACAGCAACGUUCCAGUCUGCCCACUAACAGCCCACCAGUGUUUGAAGCACCAUUGUCUGACUGCACAACAAAGAUAGGACAGACAAUCAAACUGACCUGUAAGGUCACAGGAUCACCGAAACCGGUGGUCAGCUGGCUCAAAGACGGCCUUCCUUUAGAGGACGACCCUCGUCACAUCAUCACGGCAGACCGAUCAGGCAACUGCAGUCUCAUCCUGGACAGCCUCACUGCAGAGGACUCUGGACAGUAUGCCUGCUAUGCUCUCAGCUGCAUGGGCAGCGCUGGUACUCUGGCUAAGGUUGUGGUGUGCGCUCCACCCAGAUUUGUGUGUCGAUUAGAGAGUGCUUGUCUGAUAGAAGGAGAGAAUAUACAGUUUACCUGCUCCACACUUACUACUCCUUUACCACGAAUCAGGUGGUUGAAAGAUGGCAGAGAGUUGACGGACCAGCAAAAAUACGUCAUCCUGAAUGAUGCUCUGAGUGGAAUCUUGUGUCUGGUGGUCAUCAGAGCAACAGAGGCCGAUAUUGGACAGUAUGAGUGUGAGCUUUGGAAUGAGUUUGGCUGCAUCAAGUGUAAGGCAGGGCUGUGCCCCGCUUACAUACCACCGAUCGACAUUGAGGGUGACCAACCACAGGACUUACCUUCUAAAGACGCAGACUCAGAGGGCUGGUCCACUGCCUUUGUGAAGAAAUGGCUACAGACGGAUUUCAGUCCGACCUCUAUUGCUAAGAUGCUGUUCCCUCCUGGACACCCUGAACAAAAUGAAUGUAGCACUGAGGGGGCUGUUCCUGCCUCGACAUCCAUGGAUCAGGCGAUACAGCAGCCUGUGUGUUACCUUGAGGAGGAAGAGGAGAUUUACAUCUCGGAGCAAAUGCAGGAAAUUGCAGAUGCUCCUCCCUCCAUCCAGGUACCCACUGAGGAUCUGUGUGUAGAGCCUGGCCAACCAGCUACAUUCACUGCCAUCAUCACAGGAAGGCCGACUCCUAAUAUACAGUGGUACAAGGAUGGAGAGGAGCUUGCAGCCAAUAAUAAUGUAGAGAUACUACAGCAUGGCGCCCGCUGCACAGUGACCAUUGUGUGCCCCGAGGGUGAGGACAGUGGCAUAUAUACCUGCUUGGCCUACAAUGACUCUGGCCAUGUCUCAUGCCAGGCUGAGCUGACAGUGGAGGAAGGCCCACUGGAGUGCCAGGAAAGAGAGGUGGAGCUCGGAAAGAGAAGGAAGUUAUUCUCCAUCUAUGAUGUCCAUGAGGAAAUUGGAAGGGGAACCUUCGGGGUAGUAAAGCGAGUUGUCCACAGAAGAACAUGUGAAGUAUUUGCUGCCAAGUUCCUGCCUCUGCGGAGCAGCACUCGGACCAGGGCCUUCCAGGAAAGGGACUUGCUAUCCCGUCUGGCUCACCCCAGAGUUGCCUGCCUGCUGGAUUUCUUUUGUACCAGACGCACUCUGGUGCUGAUCACAGAAAUCUGCUGUUCUCAUGGACUUCUGGACCAUUUAUUUCUAAAAGGAUCAGUCUCUGAGAGAGAGGUUCAGUCAUACAUCCAGCAAAUCCUUGAAGGAGUUGGUCACAUUCACAGCAUGAACAUUUUGCACCUGGACCUUAAACCUGAUAAUAUACUCAUGGUGUAUCCGCCCAGAGACGAGAUCAAGAUCUGUGACUUUGGCUUCUGCCAAGAAAUAGACACAUCCAGACACCAAUACAGCAUGUUUGGUACACCAGAGUUUGUUGCCCCUGAAAUUGUUCACCAAGAACCAGUCACUGUGGCCACCGAUAUUUGGUCUGUAGGUGUAAUAGCCUAUAUAUGUCUGGUGUGCCGUUGCCCUUUUGCGGAAGCGACAGACCGUGCUACACUGCUGAGGGUGGGGGAGGGGACCCUGAACUGGGAUGCCCCUGACGUCUCCUCAAGGAGCCCUGAUGCCCAGAACUUUCUCCACAUGCUCCUUCAGCCAGAUCCAGAGAAACGACCAUCUGCCUUUGAGUGCUUGAGCCACGAAUGGCUCCAGGACGAAUAUGCGGGAGAAGAUACGGAUGAAAUCAACACCAAAACUUUGAAAAUCUUCAUCUCAAAAAGGAAAUGGCAGCGUUCGUUGACUUGCAUUGGCUCAGUUCUCACGUUGAGGCUCAUCCCUGAGCUUCUGGACGCUCCUCUCAGAGAGACUGCAGUGACAGUGCCUCGUGAGCCCCAGGAGCACAGCAGCACCUCUGUGAGCAGUGGCUCCUCAUCAGAGUAUGACGAAGCUGACUCUUGGGACUUUUUCCAGCACUACAGCCCAACUGAGGAGGAGGAAGACACUGAGGAGGACUAUGAUUCUUUAACAGAGAGAGCGCACAUCCCUGAGCCUUUUGCCAAACUCCACCUAGAUGCAGAAGAAGAAGUGACAUUAGGGGAGGAAGAAGAGGAGGAGAUGAUAGGAAGAAGGAGUGUACUGGAGCGGAGUAUGAGCAGGCAGUCAGUUGUGUCUUCAGAUGUGUCAGGCCAACAGACACCUCACAGGGAGCGUAGGUUCAGCAAGGACAGCAGUCAAUCUCUCUACCUUUCUGAUGGAAGUGAGGGUUCAGGGAGUGACGGAGCUCGUAUCCCUCGUGACAGCGUCAUCCGAAGCACUUUCUACAGUACUUCUCAUCAGCUUUCCCCCAUGUCUGCCAGACACAUGACAUUACGGGACAAAUUCCAGGUCAAAAAGCAGGAAAGAGGCCGCAAACCACUCCGGAGAAGCUUUUCUGGACGUCUCAACGAGCCUCUUAUUGAAUAUGUGGAGGAUGAGACGGAGACCAAUCGUGGCCAAAGACGGGGAUCUGUCCAGCCUAUAAUGCAGAAGUCUUGUUCCUUUGACAGUGGUGUUGGCCUUGCCCACACCAAUGUACCCCCUCACAGGAGGAGCAGGUCUCUUGAUGAGUAUUCACGGCGAUCUCCCGGCUCACCCAAGCGCACAAAGUCGGGGGAAGAAGAAGGCUCUCAAAGUCUAAAGGAAGAUUUGACAGAUGAUGAAGUGGCAGGGAGAGGAUUGUUGGCCAUCCCGAGCCCUCAGCGACCCACAAGAAGAAGAGGCUCUGUCGCUCCAUUACAAGGGACUUGUUUGCCAGGUGGAUCAUCUGUUCCCUCAAGCUUCCUUGCUGGAGACAGAAUCUGCCCCAGGCUGGAUCAGGAGCAGGCAGCGGGCAACAGCUUCGCUGGCUCCCAGGGGUCUCUUGCUGAGUCGUCUAUUUUAGAGCAGGGUGGCUCUGAGUCUUCAAGCAGAUUUGGCUCCUAUGAGGAGCUCAGUCAUGGUCAUCUCAGAGCGAGGCACAGAUCAGGAGAGAGUGAAGUGUAUGAUGAUCAAGGGGAGCCUCUGAUUCCACCAUCCCCAUGCUCAUUCCAAGAGGUUAAACCGAGAAGCUUGUUACCCAAGGCACCGCCACGUAACCGCACCCGCUCCAACCCCAACUUAUCCACAAACAGCAGGGGUCAGCUAGGGACCCCACUAACAGUGAGCCCCAGUCCCAGCCUUUCUUCUCUGCAGGCCCCAGAGAGGCCUCCCAGAGCCAAGGACAGGAAGGAGGGCUGUGGCCUCCAAAGGCAUGCAUCUGCUCCGGCCCUCGAAGCUCGGCCACCUACAGGAAAGUCCCCCAAGCUUGGACUGCUGAAGAUCUUCCGCAGGCAGUCCUGGACGAGCCAUUCAUACUCCCAGCUGGACAACACAGAGUUAGGACCCACACUAGGAGAGAUCAUGAAGCCAGAUACUCCCACCAUGUCUCUGAGGAAGAAAAUGAGAGCUUCAGCCUCCAGCCUGACCAAGCUGUUUUCCAGGUCUUCUAGUAAGGAGGAUGUGAAUAAAGGAGGGCCGAUAGUUAAAGAUUCACCUCCCAUCGCACCUGAAAGGCAGCAUAGAACUGGUCUUGAGAGUCCAAGAAAGAGGAACUCCAAACUUUUACCUUCUUUUAAAAUACCUGCAUUCAAAAAGACAAAAGAUCUGCUGGCCCGUCCCAACAAGGCUGAAGUGCUCCAGUUAGAUGGAGGUGGAGUCUUGCUGGUUUGGAAACCAGUCCAGUCCAGUAACCCUGUCACCUACUGUGUGCAGUACUGUACAGAAGGUGGGGAGUGGACAGUCCUGUCGGAGGAGGUGACUGACAGCUGCUACGUGGUGAAGGACUUACCCAGAGGAGCCUCUUAUGUGUUCAGAAUGGGCUGCAUCACCAAGACAGGAGCAGGACCUUUCAGUGAUGCUUCAGCACCUGUUGUUAUGGCUACUCAUCCUGAAGAGAUUCACGUUCCUUUAAUCCAGACUGAGUCACUGGGGUCAAAGGUCACUGGUUCAGCACAACAGACAACACACAAGAACUACAAUUUCCUCUCUGAGGUCAACAGGGGUCGUUUCAGCGUAGUUACCUUGUGCAGGGAUGCUGAGACAAGCCAAGUGUUUGUUGCCAAGCUCACCCCUUACCAGGCAGAGCAGAGACAAUUGGUGCUGAGGGAAUACCAGCUGCUGAAGAGGCUUCAUCACCCACACCUGGUGCAGCUACACACUGCCUAUUUCACCUCCUGCUACCUGGUGUUAGUGGAAGAGCUCUGUCCCGGCAGGGAGCUGCUCUACAGUUUGGCAACGAGAGAUCUGUACGCAGAGACUCACGUCGCCGAGCUGCUGGUUCAAAUUCUGAGUGCAGUUGACUACCUUCACAGCCGUCGAGUCAUCCACCUGGACCUGAAGUCUGACAACAUGCUGGUGGAUGAUUGCAACCACCUGAAGAUAGUUGACUUGGGCUCGGCUCAGUCCUUCACACCCGGUCAGCCUGUCAACAUCGAGCACAUCCAAGGCCUGUCAGAGAGCAAAGACUGCCGCAGCAAAGUUUAUAUUGUCCUUCCUAAAGCUCCGGAAAUCCUGGAAGGUCACGGUGUUGGGCCUGAAACUGACAUUUGGGCUAUUGGAGUCCUGUCCUUCAUCAUGUUAAGUGCCGACAGCCCGUUCCAUGCAGAGCACAGCUGGGAGCAAGAUAGAAACAUCAAGAAAGGGAAGAUCCAGUUUGGGCGCUGUUACCCGGGUCUGUCAGAGGGAGCCUUAAACUUCAUGAAGAGCAGCAUGAAUAACAAAUCCUGGGGGAGACCCACUGCAACAGAGUGUCUCCAGAACCCAUGGCUGCGUGCCCAUCGUGGCCCACACAAAGGCCGACACUCCAAAGUGUGUUUCUCCACAGACAAGCUUAAAGAUUACCUCAAGCAGAAAGAGGAGAAACGAGACCAGGUCCGCACUAAGCUUCAGGGUCCCUUCUUCCAGUAAGGCAACAGUGUGAGGGGUUCUUUUACCAUUGGCUUUUUCUAGAAACUAUAACCAGCACAUUUCAUUUCAGCUGAUAGUUUCCUGUGUGGCUCAUUUCUAUCUAGCCAAAGCCAGGCCGGAUUAUAUAAAUCAUUAUAGUAUAAUCUGAUUUUGAAAUUGUCUUAAUACAUUUUCAUAGUGUAUUUAUCCAUUAGAUUGUAUAUGUUAGUGUGCUGCAUUGUUUGUGCUUUGGUUUGUAUGGAAACACAUCAGGGAUAAGGUUUAGUCAAAGAGUGCAUGAGUUGUAAAAUUUAGUUUUUGUAACAUGUGAAACUGUUGCUUUGCUCCUCAAUGUCAAACAGAUUUUAUCAGGCAGAGUUUGUCCAAAAGUGCAAUCAGUUUUCUUGUAAAUGUACACAUAUUGCCUUAAAGUUAUAAUGUACAAAUUGAAAAUCAAUUAGAUUUUUGAAUGCUUCAUAAUAGUUAAAUAUUGGGUUAGUCACCCACCCAAAUGAGUUGUUAAAUGAAAGAUGAAUUAAAAAGCACAAAAGUGGUCAA